UCAGAUAUAUUCGAAAUAGCAAUCAGCUUUUAGUUGUGCGUCGAUUUCUGCCACGAUCGGUUGAACCUCAGUCUAUGUAAUAUUAUAUUACGAACCAGUGAUCAUUACAUUGAGACAUUGAGGUAUUGAUCAUGCGCAACACUAUACGGAACCAGUUAGAACAAGACGGCUACGUGGUGCUGGACGACUUCCUGCGGCCGGCGGAGUGCGACGAGCUGGUCGCAGCGGGCCUGGAGCUGACCAACCAAGCCUCUGACUGCACGGAGAAAUGCAUCUUUUCCACCAUCGAAGGAGAAAGACAGCAACUAAAGGAUUCAUAUUUCCUGGAGAGUAAUGACAAAAUCAGCUUCUUCUUUGAGGCUGGGGCCGUGGGAGCCGACUCCACGCUACAGGUGGACCCCAGUGUUUCCUUAAAUAAGGUGGGUCAUGCCUUACACCUGCUGCACCCGAUCUUCAGGUGCUACACCUUCAGUGACAGAGUGAAGGCCGUGUGCCAGGAGUUGAGCCUCGUGGAGCCGGCCGUGGUGCAGAGCAUGUACAUUUACAAGAACCCGGGACUCGGCGGAGAAGUAACAGCCCACCAAGAUGCCACAUACUUGUACACCGAACCAAUACCACCAGUAGGUUUCUGGAUAGCAUUGGAAGACGCCACCGUCCAGAACGGAUGUCUAUGGAUCGCGCGUGGAUCGCACAAGUCCGGGGUACAUAGGCGACUCAUCCGCAACCCAGACAAGGAGUCCAAGCAGGCUCUGAUCUUCGACAGAGGAGCUCCCGUCUAUCCUCAGUCUGCCUUCACUCCUGUGCCCGUUAGCAAAGGGACCUGUAUCCUAAUCCACGGCAACGUGGUCCACAAAAGUGCGCACAACAAGUCCUCCGCCAGCCGGCCCGCGUACACCUUCCACGUCAUCGAGAAACACGACAACACCUACUCCCCCGACAACUGGCUGCAAGAGGGCAGCAACGCGCCUUUCCUGAACCUCUACACCACGCCGCAAAUGGAAUAACUGCUGCUUCGCCUUGCUGCAUACACUGCGCUGCGCCGCAUGCGCUCUCCGCCCACUCCCGACAGUCGGUGACCGAUUCUUUGUCGGCAAAAAUGAAACAUACAUUACAAUCUUGAAACGCACACGUCCUAUAAAAAGUUGACCAAAACGAUAACGCCGGUUAAGCACUCAUCCGAUCCGAUUCCGUGAAAAUACGUUCCGAAGUAGUCAUACAACUAUUUGUAUGAUAGCUUACACACUAGCUCCGACUUCCGUCAUCCGUUGAAUAUCUCGGAUCCUAAUCAGACAAGAUACCCAUGUCAAAGAUGACCACUGAAUAGCUUGGAUUUGGAUCAGAGAUCGGAUUAGUGCGUAAGCAAUAUCUGAAUUCAGUCCGAGUUUUUUAUAUCCGUAUUUUCACGGAUCGGUGAGUGUUUAAAAGUCUAAAACCAGUCUAAAAGUUGGCUUUAUCGGCCCGAUUAUUUAUUAUCGAGCUUACAUAAAGUUCAUGAGAUCGCGUGUUAUAUGGCCGGCGGCAAUCAUAUUGUUCCGCACAUUUGCGGCAACUCAAAUGGUAGGUAGGCGUCUCCGGAGAACUCUCUUUUUUUGGGAUUCGUUUAAUUCACUACAGGGAGGAUAUUAGUUAUAUUCGCUGGUCACAGAAUGUUGCGUGUGCCAGCUGAUUUGGAAAAUUUACCUAUUUAAAAAUCCACAACCUUAGCUUUUUGUCCCACUGGCGGUGGAGGCGAAGAGCUUUGUGCCGACAUCGACCAUUUCAUCUCAUCUAAGGGAAAGGGGCUAGGAUCCGCGCUCUGGGGUCUCCUGGUCCAAAGCUUUGAUGGGCACCUUUGGCCCAGGGACAAUCAAGGCCACACUUUUCGCCUGACAACGAUGUUUCUCAUGCUCUAUAAUUUUGUUGUAUUUAUCGAGCAUAAUGGAGAUAUAAAUAAAUAUCUGGCUGUUUUAGAAUAGCAUGACUUGGAAUAAUCAGCGUAAUAAGUUUGUAUGGAGAAGCGAGUGAGAUGUAAACUUAAAUAAAAACGUAUCGAACAGUAA